AUGGUUGAUGGAUUAGAGGGUUCUUUUGAACAACAGUUGAACCAAAUGCUCCCCAGUAUCAGAAGAAGUGCCUAUUUGUCUAUUCCUUUACGGUCAUUUCAUACAGUGAAGCCAUUGUUGUUGAGGAACAGAGCAGAGAAGAAGUUGGCAUCUAUUGAUAAGAAGAAGCAGAACUUGGCAUUUCAAAGCUCCAGAAAUGCGCAUCAGGAGAAAGUUGACCCUGUGUUAGGACGGCCCAACAACCCGUUUAUUCAUCGGAUUCAAAUGGAGAUUGAUGAGCCAAGUGUUUUGGCCAAAAACUUCCAGUAUCACGAGGUUGAAAAGUUACUCUAUGGAGCGAAAGAAGCGAGACUAUUAAAGGUGGAUUCUAGUUUGGGACACGAUGAGGAGAUGAUUGAAAAGGUUAAGGCCGAGGAAGCUGAAAAGAAGGAGAUUGUGAUGAGGAUUUUAAGUAUGAGAAAUGCUGCAAACGAGGAAAAGGAGAAGAGAUCAAUAGCAUUGGCAGUGAAAGAGUUUGAGAGAUUUGAAGGAGAUACAGGAUCUUCGGAAGUUCAGGCUGCUGUGAUGACUAUCGAGAUCUACAAUUUUAUGAGACACAUUAAACAGCAUCCACAAGACUUGAUUCAUAUUCGUAGAGUGAGAAUGCUCACGCAGAAAAGACAGAAGAUUUUGAGGUAUUUGAAGAGGGACGAUGCAAAGAGGUAUUUCUGGUGUAUCGAGAAGUUAGGACUUACAGACGAGAAUGUUCAUAUGGAGUUUAACCUUGAUAAUAAGUAUGCUGAUGAGUUCGAGGUUUGGCCUGGCAGAAGGAUGGUUAAGGUGACGAAGCAGGAGAAUGAAGAGAGAAGAAAGCAAAGAAGAGCUGCUAAGGUGGCAUUAAGAAAGGCCAUGACUCAAGAAGGGUUGAAGGCAGUGAAGCCGAAGUCAGCCGAGCCCAAGGAGUUAGCCGAGCCUAAGGAGCCUAAGGAGCCGAAGGACUCAGCCAAGCCGGAACCGUUGGAACCUUAG